AUGGGUGGCCUGCGCUGGAGUGAUCGCUCGGUAACCGUUUGGCUUCUGCUUGUGCUAACAGUGGUUCGAAUCGACUCCCUACCCUUAACGACCUUCCUCGACGACGACAGUGAUUAUGACGAUAGCUUCGAGAAUGACUACGAUCUAGUGUUUGAUCAGCGUCAGAACGGAACGGCUAACGUGCGUGUAUCGGUGGACGGUGUUAUGCUAGCACUUCCGGCACCAGAAAUGUCUCCUUCCGCUACACUUGCCGGGGCAACACUGUUGGAUCUGUUUGCAUCUCAACUGGCUGCUGCUGGCGAGGGCGAAGAGGACGACAGUUCGGAGGAAACGUACGGAACCAUAUCGGGAUCAACAUCUUCCGGUGUGACUGGAGCAAGUUCAUCCACCUCUAGUAGUGUUGUUCCCACAACAAGUACUACGACGGUAGCUCCAGCAUCCGAUCCGCUGAUCGUCAAUGACUUCGCUUACCAAGCGCUCCCUGCCAAUCUGCCCGCAAGUUUGAUCGGCCAGGGUCUAUCGUUGUUCUUCAAUCCGAAGCAUGGCGAGAUUCCGUUCCGUCUCAAUACUGCAUCAGAGUCAACGAAUCCGGCAAUCCCGGUAGUACAGACCAAGCUCGAUAAAGUGUCUGCAGCGCGUGAUCCAGAGCUAACCGACUCGAAGGAGGAUAGCCGUGAUAUCGCUGAACCAGCUGCACAAGAAUCGCCCAAACAGCUGUCCGGAAAGAAGAAGCGUAAGCAUAAGCGAAAGUACAAGGUGCGCAUUGCCAACCUGCUGAGACCGUUACUGCAACGUACCGUGUUGGUUCAGUGA